AUGACGAGCACAGCUGCCGAAGCUGUUGGAUUUUACGGUUACCUACUUUCAACUCCAUUUGGUUUCGUCGGACAUAUAUGUAGUAUAAUAACAUUUUCAUCUCAGACUCUUCGCAGCACUUCAACUGGAUUAGUUUUUAUGACCUUAACUCUCUCUGAUAUGUUGUAUCUCUUCAUAUCUAUCCGUGAUUUUGUUUCAGUAACGCUUAAUUUACCAUCCAUACGUAGUGAACAUCUCUGUCGUUUUCGAGAAUUUGCAAGCAAUUUCGCAGCAUUUACAUCUUCUUGGCUACUUGUUCUCAUUUCCAUUGAUAGGCUCAUUUGCACUCAUUUCCCGUAUCGAACGGCAAAGAUCUGUACACGAAAAGUCGCCGGUUGUUCAAUAGUUGCUGUGAGCAUAUGUUCUGCUGCUUUCACAAGCCACGUUCUUCAACCAGCAGUUUCCUACGCUAAUCCAUCAAGUAACUGGUGUGGUCCUCCGGCAUUUCCUUCGACUGACUAUUCCAUCUUUUACUACAACACUUGGACUAUCCUGCGAUUGAUGAUUCUUUAUAUUGUCCCUAGUUGUUUCAUGAUCGUGUGUUUAGUGAGUGUUCACUUGAAAAUACAUAGGCGUCCAACUAUUAUUGUACCAUCAGUUCGUAGAGAGCGCGUCCAACGACAGAUGCUUAUCCUGAUGAUUUCAACUGUCAUCUGGUUUUGCGUAUCGACAUUGCCUUACUCUGUUUAUCAAAUUUUUUACCUCAAAUUCGGAGAUGUUUCGGUAUUGCCGAUUGAAAUCUUUGUGUUUUACAACGCUCUAAAUAUGAAUUAUUGUUACAACUUCUACAUUCAUUGCUUAACAUCACAAUUAUUUCGACAAAAUUUCAUUCAGAAAUUGAAGCAACUUUAUCUAUGGUUAAAAAGAAAAACGAGAAGACAAGUUGCUAAUCAAAUUUAUCCAAUGAUUACAAACAUCCAGCCAACAAUUUAA